AAUGAGAUCGAAGUGCUUCUCUCGCAAUCUCUCCUCGUACGAUAUCUAUACACGAGCAGUAAGAGCACGAGAAAUUUUAAUACCGGCGAGACGAUUCAAGAGAGAGAGAGAGUGCGUUGUGGUUCUGCGUUGUGCGCUCCUGACUCUCUCCUCGGCCUCGGUCCCAUCAACCGAGCGUUCCGCUCACCAGUUUCGAUUUCGCGCUCAAACGAAAAAAGCCCUAACUUCCUCCGCUCCUCGCCUUCGAUCUCUCCGACCUUCUCAUUUCCCGGCGAAGUUCUCCGGCGAUAUAAUAGUGGAUGAGUGAUUUGAGAUCGUUUGAAUUUUAGGGGACGGUUCAGUUGAGAUUCCUAACUUGCGGGUUUAGUCUGAAAAUGGCAAAGGGAAGCAGAGGGCGCCGUAGGAUUGCUUCCCAACAAUACAGGUCGACUCCAUAUGGCUUGGCAUCUUGUAAUCGCAAAAUCUUGGAGAACUUGGGUGCCAAAAAAUCUGACAAGGCACUGAAUAAGGACUGGGAAGAUGCUAUAUGCUCUGUGUGUAUGGAGUACCCUCACAAUGCUGUUCUUCUUCUCUGUUCUUCCUAUGAUAAGGGUUGCAGACCGUACAUGUGUGGUACUAGCUGCCGUUACUCAAAUUGCCUUGACCAAUACAAGAAGGCCUAUACCAAAGUUUCCUCAUUUGAUCAUGCUCAGUCCUUGCAGAACUCAGCUGACAACACAGUGAUAUUGCCUGAGUUAAAUCUGCCCAAUGAGAAGAGCGAAGUGAUGGAGCUUGCGUGCCCUCUUUGCAGGGGCCAGGUGAAAGGGUGGACUGUGGUGGAACCUGCACGAGAAUACUUAAAUGCAAAAAAGAGGAACUGUAUGCAGGAUAACUGCACAUAUCUUGGAACUUACAAGGAGCUAAGAAAGCAUGUGAAGACAGAACACCCCUCUGCACGGCCUCGUGAUGUGGACCCAACACUAGAACAGAGAUGGAGGCGACUCGAACAAGAGCGUGAAAGGGAUGAUGUGAUCAGUACAAUAAGGGCGACAAUGCCAGGAGCCAUGGUAUUCGGUGACUAUGUGAUAGAGGGAAACCAUUAUGGAUUAGAUGUAGAUGAGAGCAGCCUUGGUACAGAUCGCCCAGAGAGGAACGGUGGUUUGGAUACGGGCUUCGAUAGUAACCUAUUUAAUGUCUUUAUGCUUCUGCAUGCAUUUGGUCAGUCUGGGAAUGUUGAUCUGAGAAGAAGAUUAAGGCACCAAGAGAGGGCCUUGCAGCGAGCAUCCGACAGGAGUGCCCUUGGAGGCCGGCACACCACCACCCCCGUUGGGGGCUCAGAUGUUUCUGAUCAAGAGAAUGGAGAUGACAGUAAUGACGAUAAUGCCCAUGAUGGUAGUGUAUCGCUAGUGAGCCGCCUGCGUCGCCAUGGCAGAGUGCUAUUGGGACGGUCCAGUAGGAGGAGGAGGCGCAGAGAAGGCAACGGAAAUCAAGAUAGAUGACUUGUUCCCUCGAGAAGGGAGAUCUUUAGAACAUUUUAUCUAUGUUUAGUACUAGCCAUUAGGAUGGGAAAAUAAUAGCACACUUGAAAGAUUUGUCUGAAAAGGGAAGUUGGUCUUGCCUUUUACAAGAUGCAUGCAUUUCUUUUGCAUUUCAUGGUCUGUUCCACAGAUUGGCUGGGAAUGGACAUCAGGAAAGAAGAACGGCCUUUAUUCCUGUAGUCAUGUGACAUAUGCUGAAGAUUACCGGAUGUACACAUGUAUUUUCUUUGA